AUGGUGACUGAUAAAACGAUACUCGAUCAGGUGAAGGAGAAUAUUCCGGUGGAUGAGGAGGAAUCUCUGGUUUUGAAUCGAGACUCAAGCGUCGGUCUUGUCAUCGUUGACGUUGUUAACGGCUUCUGCACCGUCGGCUCCGGCAAUAUGGCUCCAACAAAGCCUAACGAACAGAUAUCGAAGAUGGUUGAUGAAUCUGCAAAGCUUGCAAGAGAAUUCUGCCAUCGGAAAUGGCCGGUUUUCGCGUUUCUCGACUCUCAUCAUCCUGAUAUUCCGGAGUUCCCGUAUCCUCCUCAUUGUAUCAUAGGAACUGACGAAUCAAAUCUUGUUCCUGCUCUGCAGUGGAUUGAAAGUGAGAACUGUGUCACUCUUAGGCGAAAGGAUUGCGUUAAUGGGUUUGUGGGUUCCAUGGAGAAAGAUGGUUCUAAUGUUUUUGUUGAUUGGGUUAAGGAAAAACAGAUCAAAGUCAUUGUGGUUGUAGGUAUCUGCACAGACAUAUGUGUGUUUGAUUUUGUGGGUACUGCACUCGCUGCAAGAAAUCACGGUGUUCUUCCUCCUCUAGAAGAUGUCGUAGUGUACUCUCAUGGCUGCGCAACUUUUGACCUUCCUCUUCAUGUUGCAAAAGACAUCAAAGGCGCUCAGGCUCAUCCUCAGGAGUUGAUGCACCAUGUAGGUCUAUACAUGGCUAAAGGAAGAGGAGCUAAGGUAGUCUCUGAAAUCUCUUUUGAUCCUUGA